GGAAGAGAUAGAAAUGAGAAAUGGUCAACAUCAUAGACUCAUGCUGAAUUAAGAUGGCUCUCCCCUGACUUCUGGUUGCAUUUAUUUUGUUCAUGAAUCAAACUUGGAAAGAAUCUAACAAAUUCAUCAGCAGCUGGUGAAUGUUUUUAUAUGUUUUCCUUUCCUUACAGUAUUCAGAGUACAAGUUAUCAGAAGUUUCCUUGGAAGGCAAACAGACAUCUAUUUAAUCAAUGAUGUUCAGGUUGCUGCUGGUUGUACUGGUCCCCAUGGUGGUACAGUCCUCCCUGAAUCCAAUGGACUGUAAUGACAUCUACAAGUCAGGUUUUGGACAGAACGGGGUCUACACCAUCUACCCUGCUGGACCCACCUCACCUGUCCAGGUGUUCUGUGACAUGUCCAUGGAGGGUGGCGCAUAUCUGGGAAAGUGGACGGUGAUUCAGAACAGACAGGAUGGAUCAGUAAACUUCUACAGGAAGUGGGAUGAGUACAAGAGGGGUUUUGGAAGUGCAGCUGGAGAGUACUGGCUGGGACUGGAGACGAUGUAUCUCCUGUCCAAGACUAGGAAGUAUGAGUUGAGAGUGGACAUGGAGGACUUUGAGGAGAAGAAGGUCUUUGCCCAGUACUCCACCUUCUCUGUUGGACCAGAGGCUGAAGGAUACAAGAUAACACUAGGUUACUUCAAAGAUGGAGGAGGAGGAGAUUCUAUGACUGCUAUCAAUGGUCAGAAAUUUUCAACGUUCGAUAAAGACCAGGAUGAUUUCAACGGUAACUGUGCCCAAAUUUACUGGGGAGCAUUUUGGUACAGCGAGUGCCAUUUGACUAACCCCAAUGGGAUAUAUGCAUGGGGUAACUCCACCUAUGGUAUUGGGAUCAACUGGCAGACAUGGAAAGGCCAUACAUAUUCUCUGAAAACCAUUACCAUGAAAAUCAGACCAGUCACUGAACAGAAGUGAUUCAGCUUAACUGCUAACUAUCUCUAUUUCAAACAGAGUAGUAACAUCUGAUUUUACAACAUGAUUAUACAAACGUCCACAAUAGGCACAUCAUGAAGUAGGAACGAUUUCUAUCUCUCUUUUUAAGUAGGGUUUGUAUUUGUGGCAGUUCUGUCUCUCUUUCUGUCUGUCUGGCUGUCCCUCCACCCAACCAACCUGCUUUUUUCUAUGAUAAACAAUGCUUUGAAUAAAGAGGUCUGCCUUC